AUGUUUCUCUCUUUACACACCAAUCGUUCAUUCAAAACCUCUUUCUCUCUCCUCGGAAAUUUCCCCUUCUCCGGUGCCGCCGAAUCGCCGUGGGAAGGAGAUAUUUUCGGGAAAGUAUCCAUUUUUGUUUCUCCUAAAAGAGCUCCUCCUUGCGGCGUCGACGGCGACGGAGUUAAACGUCAUACCCAUCACCACAUUCACAGGCAUUCCUACGACGACAGCGACGAUGAUAUCUGUUACAGCGACGAGGAUGAAUCUGCGAUGGAGCUUGUCCAGAUCGGUGCGGAGAGGACCAAGAACGUCUUGAUCCUCAUGAGCGACACUGGAGGUGUACACCGUGCCUCCGCUGAAGCCAUUCGCGACGCUUUCAAGAUCGAAUUCGGAAACAAAUACAGGGUGAUUGUGAAGGAUGUGUGGAAGGAAUACACAGGGUGGCCAUUGAAUAAUAUGGAGAGUUCAUAUAAGUUCAUGGUGAAGCAUGUUCAGCUAUGGAAAGUUGCUUUCCACAGCACAUCUCCCAAAUGGAUCCACUCUUGCUAUCUAGCAGCCAUUGCCGCCUAUUACGCCAAGGAAGUAGAGGCCGGUUUGAUGGAGUACAAGCCGGAGAUUAUCAUCAGUGUUCAUCCUCUGAUGCAACACAUUCCGCUGUGGGUUCUUAAAUGGCAAGAGCUACAGAAAAGAGUCCUCUUUGUCACUGUCAUUACUGAUCUCAACACUUGUCAUCCCACAUGGUUUCAUCCGGGGGUGAAUCGGUGUUAUUGCCCGUCUCAAGAAGUGGCGAAAAGGGCGUUGUUUGAUGGGCUAGAGGAGUCUCAAGUCCGUGUGUCUGGUUUACCUGUGAGGCCAUCUUUUGCAAGAGCGGUUUUGGUGAAGGAUGAUUUGAGAAAGGAGCUUGAGAUGGAUCAAGAGCUACGUGCGGUUCUACUGAUGGGAGGAGGGGAAGGUAUGGGUCCUGUGAAAGAAACCGCAAAGGCUCUUGAAGAAUGGUUGUAUGACAAAGAGAACAAGAAGCCUAUUGGGCAAAUGGUUGUUAUCUGUGGACGUAACAAGAAAUUGGCAUCUUCGUUAGAAGCUGUUGAAUGGAAGAUUCCUGUAAAGGUUCGAGGAUUUGAAACUCAGAUGGAGAAAUGGAUGGGAGCUUGUGACUGCAUCAUCACAAAAGCUGGACCAGGAACAAUAGCUGAAUCGCUGAUCAGAUCACUUCCUAUCAUCCUCAACGAUUACAUCCCCGGACAGGAGAAAGGCAAUGUGCCGUAUGUAGUGGAGAAUGGUGCAGGAGUGUUCACAAGAAGUCCCAAAGAGACAGCGAGAAUCGUUGGGGAAUGGUUCAGCUCAAAGACAGAUGAGCUGGAACAAACUUCAGAAAACGCACUUAAACUAGCUCAGCCUGAGGCAGUCUUCGACAUUGUCAAAGACAUCGAUGAGCUCUCGGAGGAACGACGUCAUCUUGCUAAGUUCUCUUACACUCUGACCUCUUCCUUUGCCAGUUUAGUUUGA